GCCGUUGACACGAAAGCAAAAAAGGCCAACAAACGCGCUGCGCCGAUUUAGCAGGAAGUCGGUUGAACGGUAUACCGAAACCAAAACUGGGUCGCAGAAAGGCUCAAAAAUUGCGCAGCCUUGCCAACGAAUUUACGCUGGCGCAUCGGCGUUCAUAAACCUAACAGAACAUGAUUAAGUGUUGUCGACGUCGUCGAAGCGACAAUCAAGGCAGAUUUGACCUCGGUGACGCCUUGGCGAGAUUUCGCGCCGUCUCGCCUUUUGUCGGUGGCAGCGUUUCUCACGUGUAAAUGCUGAUAUUUUUGUGUACGCUCUCGGGGGUUUCAUGUUGAUCGCACUCAGCGCGUCUUCGCCGUUGCAAAUUGACUGCCGUAUGACCAAAUCCGGGCUUCGUUGAAAUUUCGACGCUGUGCGUGUGUCGAGUGGUGGGAAUUUAUCGCCGUGCUUCGGCUGGGAAGACUUUGAAGCGGCCAUCUCUCUUUGUAUUUUCUGCCAUGGUGGUAUCAGCUGGUGCUAUCCCGUACCCCUUGAAGCUCCGUGUAGUGUGACUAGUCCAACUUUUGCGGCACCAUUCGAAUAUCUCCGCUUGCAAGUAACGCCUGUUCGUGCUGAACGGUCACCAUUUUUACCGAUGAAGCGGAGAAGGUGAUACGAGAUCGCUGUUGUCGAGAGCGAUUAGGAGACGGCUGUAAUUUGUGCACUGCGUCAAAGUGCGUGGUGCUGGCGAGCCUUGGAAUGACCUCCGUGGGCCAUUGGCAGAUCGAUGACAUUGAUGAUGCCUUGGCUGCGGACUUCGAUGGCAGCCUCUCUGGCCUGGGCAUGGAACUGGGCACUGCAUCGUUCAACAUGAGCGAUGCCUUGCUCGCUCUGCCUAGCCUCUCAUCAGUGAAACAAGAGAUGCCUCGAGAGAAUGGCUAUGCCCUGGCCGAUGCCCUAAGGGCGGGUCCUGCAAGCGACUGUGGCAGCAACAGCUUGGGACACUCCUCAGAGGCUCGGUCAGGGUUGCACGGAAAGAAGAACCGGCUGCCCCUGAGCACCGACGAUGAUGUCACGGGUGCCAUCAAGCGCUUCUGUGUCAGCACCUCCAGGGAGUCUGGCGAGGACACCAGUCCAAGCCGGUGCCGGCAUAGUUCAUCGGCUCCUGACCUGCGCAUGGCUGUGUACCAGCCGACGGGGCCACUCUCUCUGCCGCUGCCACGCCUCGGACCCGGUGGGGAGUUGGCUGGCAACGUGUCGACCGGUGGCUUUCAGUACUUCCUGGGAGCUGCCACGUCCAUCGCCACCAAGCUCCACGAGGAGACUAUGACGUACCUCAACCAAGGUCAGUCAUACGAGAUCAAGCUCAAGAAACUUGGCGAUCUCACCGAAAUGCGGGGGAAGAUGCUGAAGAGCACCAUUCGAAUUGGUUUUCAAGAACGUCGACUGCAGUACAUGGAAAAAGAACAGAUUACUCAGUGGAUGCGGCAGAGGCCAGGCGAAAGGAUACUUGAAGCUGAUGUGCCCUUGUCGUACGGAGUGUAUGACGUGGUCAACACGCCAAACAAGGUCCACUUCUGUGAGUUCCUUUGGGAUCCAACCAAGGAGACUGGAGUUUUUAUAAGGCUCAACUGCAUCAGCACAGAGUUUACUCCGAAGAAGCAUGGAGGUGAAAAGGGUGUACCUUUCCGUAUUGUCAUUGAAACAUAUUCCCACGGAGAGCCUGGGCCACCACAGAAGCUGCACUCGGCAUCCUGCCAAGUCAAGGUGUUCAAGCCAAAAGGUGCCGACAGGAAACACAAGACCGACCGUGAGAAAAUGGUCAAGAGGCCUCUGGCUGAGCAGGAAAAACAUCAGCCUUCGUAUGAUUGCACUGUGUUUACCGAGUGCAUUUCCGAGCCAGCGUUUGCUCCGGCCAGUCCUCCCCUGAGUGCCAGUGGCAACAGCAACAGUGGUGCCACAAGCCCCUCCGCGGCACUUGCGGUUGGAGCUCAAGGUCCGGCUGCCGUCCCAGUUGGCGCGCAGGGGCCAGCCCCGCCCACGCCGACCAGUCUGUUGCCCGUCGUGUCCAGUGCACCCCCAACCAAGCCGCCACCAGUGGCCAGCGUUCCUCCGCUGCCCCCCACGACGCCCGUGUCUCCUCCCCAGCCCAUCCAGCAGCGACCCAGUAGCACCAGCAACUACUCGCCUCAAGGGAGCGGCGACAGCUUUCCUCCACCUCCGGCGAGCAACGCCAUGCCGGACCUGAACCCUGGAACUCCAGGCAGCUCAACUAGUGACGUGCUGGAAGUUUCCGAUGUUUCCCUGUCAUCGCCGCAGAAUUAUCAGUCACCGAGCUCCCAGUUGUCGUCGGAAGCCAGUGCCAAUGAGACGUCCCACUGGCUUCAGCAGAACCGCUUUGCGAACUUCACCCGCACCUUUGCGAGUUUUUCUGGGGCUGACCUUCUGCGACUCACAAGAGACGAUCUCAUCCAAAUAUGUGGUCUCGCCGAUGGCAUUCGGCUUUUCAAUGCCUUGCACUCAAAGACUAUUCGGCCACGGCUGACCGCUUAUGUCUGUCUGCCUACGGAACAAGUGUUCCGGGCUGUGUACCUGAGGAGCCUGACAGUGCUGGAGCUGCUUAGCAAGCUGACAUCACUGUGCAGCGUCUCUCCUUUCACCGUUCAUGACAUCUACAUCGAUGGUCCCUCUGGAAUUCAUGUGCUGGUCACUGAUGAGGUGGUCCGCAACAUGCCUGAUGAGUCAAUGUAUGCUUUGGAGCUUCUGAGAGACCCAGACGACGAAGUCUACAGCCUGCUUCUCAAGUCUUACGGUACCAACACGAGGACGUGAUGAAGAUUGGCUCAUGUAGCUGCCUUUUCCAUCAUUAGUUG